CUAGAAUUGCUCCAUUUCUUCACCACAACAACAAGUCUCACCCUCAGCAACCUACCCGAACAACAGCGCUUAUGGCAACAAGUCGUCCCAAAAAUAGCCUUCUCGCACGCCUUCCUGCUACGCAGUAUCCUGGCCCUCUCAGCCAUACAUCUCGGACGAUUAUAUGUUGAGCGACGAAGUACUCUGUGUCCAGUCGCGACCCUGCAUCACACCGCCGGCGUGAUCUUAUUUCGAACCGCAAUGCCAAGUAUCACGCCCGAGAACUGCGACGCAUGUUUUGCGUUCUCAACUCUUCUCGUUAUAUACGCCUGGUCAUCAUCCUGCCAAACAGGCGAUUUAUUCUUCGUCGACUCCUCAAAAACAGAUGGUGGGACAGUUGAAUGGGUCUCGCUCCUCCGAGGCUGCCACAACCUCCUGCAACUCGCGUGCACGUGGCUCAAGAACGGACCAUUAAGAUCUCUACUCCUGUUACAAAUCGAAGAAAGUUGGUCCGCUGUCCCGGACCCGGACAGUAACUCCAAAUUCCGCUCCCUCGCCGCCCUCUGGGAUAAAUCGCGCACGCAUCUCAAAGCAGAAGAAGCCGACGCUUUGGACGAAGCAUUAACCUUCCUAAUCGAAGUGCACGCCUUCCUCUCUCUACGCGACCAAGCCAUCGACGAGGUGGGCACCACGCUUUCCUGGCCGAUUCGCGUAAGGGAUAGCUAUAUCGCCAUGGUGAGCCAGCAGAAACCGGAGGCGCUGGUGGUGUUGGCGCAUUAUUGCUUGUUGUUGAAUAAGAUUGAUCAUUUUUGGUUCAUGGCGGGGAUGAGUCGGUGUUUGUUGCAGACGGUUCAUCGGACGUUGGGGGCGGAGUGGGAGAGUUGGAUUGCGUGGCCGUUGCAG